AUGAUUUUAGGGCGCUAUUUCACCGCUAUCAUCAAUUUCUUUGGCUUCCCGCCAUCCCUCGGACCACAGCAGGAAGUGCUGGGUCCCAAUGUAGCCGUGCAUCAUGACGCCGAUACCUUGACUUUCAUUCCUCCUGGCGUCAGCGAGUCUGAAACUGAAAUAUUGAAAUGCGAGUACCCUGAUAUGAAGGGAUACAAGUUUGUCUCGGGUCCAAACAGUCGCGGCAAAUGGUUGGAGAGUCAAGACGUUGAACUGGAAGACUAUGAUAUCAAUACCGAUUACGAAACUAGGUGGCCCAAGGGAGUAGUGCGCCAGUAUCAUGUGACCGUUGAUGAGGCAGAGGUGACCCUCGAUGGCGUGAAGUUCCCCAAUGCCAAGGUUUUCAACAAACAGUGGCCCGGGCCAUGGAUCCAGGCAUGUUGGGGCGAUGAAGUCCAAAUCACGGUCCGGAACAAUCUGGCUUAUAACGGCACUGCAAUCCAUAUGCAUGGAAUUCGGAUGCUGGACAGUAAUCUCAAUGAUGGUGUUCCCGGUGUAACUCAGUGCCCCAUUCCUCCAGGCAAAAGCUUCACAUACAACUUUACCGCAACCCAAUACGGAACCACCUGGUAUCAUAGCCACUACAGUCUGCAGUACACGGACGGUGUGCUUGGACCACUGACCAUUCACGGCCCUGCUUCUGGCAAUUACGAUAGCGCGAUUGAUCCUUUUAUAAUGGGAGACCAUAAUCAUCGCAGUGCAUUUCAAGAUUACUACCAGGAGCAGUUUUCGAACUCGAAGAAAAACCGUCCACCUCCGAAGAUGUCGAGCAUUAUUAUUAAUGGCAAGGGUAACUAUGCCGGUUCUUAUCCAGAACGAAGAUAUACUAAACAUGUUAAACCUAAUGAAAGAAGGCUACUGCGACUGAUAAACACUUCAACGGAUUCAACCUACAUAUUCAGUAUAGACGAUCACGAAUUUGAGGUUAUCGGUGCUGAUUUGGUCCCCAUCGAGCCGUAUACGACAAAGAACAUAACUAUUGGCAAUGGCCAACGCUAUCAUGCCAUCUUGAAAACGAAAGACAAGAACCAGCUCUGGGAUAACCAAGCGUACUGGAUUCGAACCCAACCCGCUGACGGAUGUCAUAACUUCGAGACUAUCCCGGACGCGAGACAGGGAAUUCUUUGGUACGGAGAUGAGAAAAAGGCGCCCAUUCCCACUACAAAUGCACAUAAAUACAGUGCAGCUUGUCGGGACGAGCAAGGCUGGACACCAAAAUUAGAAUGGCAAAUUCCCCCUCUCGGAAAAGCAGAAUUGAAGGAGUUCAACAUGCCCAACUCUACCAUCAAGCUCAACCACUGGUUUCUCCCUAAGCAGCGUAAGGAAGAAACUGAUAGUUGGGUCGCUCACUGGAAGGCAAUGAAUUAUACAGCCUGGGUCGAUUAUAGGACACCUACUGUUUAUGGUAAACAUAUCGACCCUCCAUACCCAAACAAUGCCGUUGUUUACCCUGUGGAGCCCAACAUACGUCACCCAGGUUGGCACUACAUGGUGAUCAUCGGUGCUAACCAAAACAAACCUACCGAUGCAAAGGGAGGCAACCUUAUUCCAGCGGCACAUCCCAUCCACCUUCACGGUCACGACUUCGCGCUUCUCCAGCAGUCCAGUAAGCCGUUUACAAACUAUUCGUCUCUGAAACUGAAUUACAACAACCCACCUCGCCGUGAUGUCGUACUUCUUCCGAAGAACGGAUUCGUCGUGAUUGCAUUCAAGACAGACAAUCCUGGCCCAUGGGUUCUCCACUGUCACAUAGCUUGGCAUGCAUCGGCCGGCUUGGCCUUCCAAGCCUUGGAACGGAAGGAGGAUUUCAAAAAACAGCUUGCUAACAGAACACCCCAAUGGCAGAAGGACCAGAUGGAACAAACAUGCAGGGAUUGGAAGAUCUGGCAAGAUAACUACGGUAACCAUUAUGAUCAGCAAGACCGCUUCCAGGAUGAUUCUGGAAUUUGAGUGUUGACUUUGACACCCUCCAUUACUAUCCGAAAUUCGGAUUGCGGACUCCACAAGCAGUAGGGCCGUGACAUUCAUUAGGCUCUGACUACUCACUAAGGCCCAGUUUCUGUUUCUCAACCAGUCGACAGGACCUACGAAAACAUUC